CGAAAUGAGGGAUGUUCCGAUAAUGACCGAGGUGAGCGACGAGGAGCUGGUGGGAGGGUGGAAGCCGCGCCUAGGACCGCUGUCCGUGGCCGACAAGGUGGAACAGGCCGAGCUUCUCAAGCGCCAGGGUAACCUUCACGUUAAACAAGGCGAGCUCAAGCGCGCGCUGGCAUCCUACGCCAAAGUGUUUGCUUACGUGAACGGCCUUUCCGUGGCUGGUGACUCUAUGUCCCAAUACGCGCAAGGGGCAGCAGGAAUGACAGCUACACAGCAGCAAGGCUCGCAAAUCCAAGCCGUCAAGGUGGCCGUGUGGGCCAACAUGGCGCUGUGCUAUUUGAAGCUCGGCACGCAGCCGGAGCGGGCGUUAAGCUGCUGUGACAAGGUGCUGGAGCUCGAGCCGCAGCACAAUAAGGCACGCUUCCGCAAGGCACAGGCCAUGGUGCAGCUUGUAUACUACGAGAGCGCGUACAAGCUGCUGAGCGAGCUGCUGGAGGAGGAGCCCAAGAACGCUGCCGUGCGAAGCGAGAUCCGAGCGCUACAAGCCAAGAAACGGGCAUACGACGCUGAGGCCAGGGCGAAGGAGAAGAGCGCAUUCGGCAGCAUGUUUUAAGUAAGACAGAGAGUGGCGUGAGGACAAAACUGCUGAUUCAAUGCAGGAAUAUAAAUCGUUUACUUAUAGUA